CCUGCGGCACCUCCGUUGGUCGAUCAACUGGAACUGAUUCAACGACUGCGAGACGAUCCGAAAAUUGGAUUCUUUUACAUGGACUACGCGGUAGUACGUUCUUCAAAAUAUUUCACACCUUACGCCUUGAAGGUCGUUCAUUACAAAGACCUACGCGAUACUUACAUGACGAUCAGCGCCAACGGCGUGACUCAAUACAGUCCCGAUGAAAUGAGUUUCACCCCGAUCGAACAAUGGAAAAGAGAAUACGUUUUUUAUCUAAAAUUAUUAAAGAUACGGACCUUCGUUGUAUUUCGCAAGUGGAAAGCUUUCUACGUCUGGAAGAAGUCAGUCUCUUGUAGGAAGUUCGUGGAAGGGAGGAAUUAUUUAGAAGAGAACCUCUUCAUAUCGGAUCCCAUCCUCAGCAAGGCUUUAUUAGAGAUAAAAUCGAUGUGCUCCAUCUUUCUCAAUUCGAGUUUCUUCGACGGCACCGAGAUCGAGAGUUUCCUACUUUUCUAUUUCGUAGAAAAACAGGUGAACCGUUUACUAUCUAACAAACGCCGCUACAGUUCUGGGUCGGCAUUACUCUAUUCUGUAAAUCCGUUUCUGCAGCUUGCCAAGUUGGAGUCGAUGAGGAACAAGUUGGACGAGUUUAGAAGAUUAGCGUUAGAUAUCGUCAACAAUGCCUGUCUUGGAGCACUGUUGCAAGCUGGAUACACCCCAGACGAUUCCAACAUAACAAUCGAACAAACUGCUUAUGGGAAGCUCGGGGUAUUCGGUGUCGCUAAGUUCAAAAUGCCGAAGGACGGUGUCCUUAAAAUGAGUUACAUCGAGCAGGCACGGAAAAGAGAAAAGUGUUACAGACUUUCUUGCUUCAUUCAUCUCAUCGAUUACAUGCAAACGAACAUGAUGCAUAGCCUCUUGCUGAACGCUUACGUGGAGUUUAUUGAAGCCUUGAAGAUCCACACGGAAUUUUUACCAGAUAACGAUUUAAUUGAUAAUGAUGUAAUCGAUGUACCUUUGAAAGAAAAUCGACCGUCAUCGCAUCGUAUCCAGUCGCCAUUGUUCGUGGUGGAUCUACUAAUUCUACCUCCCGCGGAGAUCGUCAUGGACCCCGCCGAAGCCAUUUUCCGCUUCGUGAUAAAAACCAUCCAAAUCAUGUGGGAAGAGAACAUAUUCGUCAUCAAGCCCCUUCUCUCCGAUCCCUUCUUCCAUUCCUUCACCAGGCCUAUGAUCAAUCACAAAAUAGAAGAUCGCAUUUGCGGCCAUCCACCGGCUAUUCAGGAUGUCUUGAAGCAAGAUCCGAUCACGAAGGCGUUGAAGAUCGAGUUGGACGCGCUUCUCGAACGGAACUUCGACGCGAUUAAACGUUACACUCGGCGGUUCGAGGAAAUUCGACGGUUCUAUCUCGAGGACACGACCUUCGAUGAAAAUGUCAUCCGCGACAAUCGAGAUUGCAAGUUGUUCCGAGAGUGGAGUAUUCGAUACAGAAACGAAGUGGAUCUGAUCGGUAAAGUGAUCGAUUCUCAGCCACUGGGCGUCUUCCUCGUCCAACUAGAGCGAUUCAAGGUGGCUGCUGAAAUCGCUCCCAGAGGAAAGAUUGGAGUCAUCGAAGCGGUGAUGCCUGGGCUAGGGAAGAGCAGAGUCGACGAACUGUUAACGGAAGCGAUCGACGCUGUAAAUUAUCUCGGUUCCGAUCCCGUGACGACGGAAGAAUACGCGGAAUAUAUCAAAUUCGUCGACAAAGCUCGGCAGAAAGUGGACGACAUGGAAGCUCGGUUGGAUUACGUGAAAGAACUGUACGACACGAUGGAAGAAUUCGCUUUUCCUAUACCAUCGGUGGAUAUGGCGAAUUAUCUGGGCAUCGGGACACAUUUCACCAGUAUGCGAUUAGCAGUGGAAAACAGGUUAGAGGAGAGGCCGAAAUUGAUAAAUAGGUUCAACGCCCAACUUCAGAAGGAUAUCACGGCAUUGAACGAAGAGAUAUCGGAGAUUCACGACGAGAUUAUCCAACCUUGGUUAGUGGACUACGAAAGCAACGUGGACGCCUGUCUGAAUACGUUGAAGGAACUAGGCGAACGAAUAGCUACCUGCGCGGCUACCACGGAAACGUAUCGUGCUUAUCAAAGAGAAUUUAAGCUCGAGCCAACGAGAUUCGAUAUCCUGGACCAAGUGACGAACGAGCUGAGGUUGCGUGCCCUCCUGUGGGAGAGUCUGACAGAGUGGGAAAACGCGAGCUACGAAUGGUACAGCGCCGACUUCGACACCUUGGACGUCGAAGCGAUCACCUCGUUCACGAUGCUCACCAUGAAGAACAUUAUUCAACUGGAGCGAGGCCUGCCACCUAACAACAUCGUACCAGACCUGAAGGAGAACGUCGAGCUCAUAAGGAACAAAUUACCGAUUCUCGGAUACUUGAGGAAUCCCGAUCUGAGGGAGAGACAUUGGGAGAAGAUCGAAGUUAUACUGAACCACAUCUUCAAGCCCGACGAGAAGAAAACGUGGAGCCAGCUGGAGGCUCUUGGCGCAUUUCUGAAGCCGAACGAACUGAUGGAGGUCGCUGCCGCGGCCAGCUCCGAGGCCAAUCUGGAGUACAUGCUGAAGAAAGUCGUGGACACUUGGGAACAUCUGAAAUUCAUCGUAGUCCAUCAUAAAGAAGGAAAGGACGUCUUCAUUUUAGGCAGUUUAGAGGACGUUCAGACAGCAAUGGACGAAAGUAAUAUUAAUUUGCAAACCAUCAACGCGUCCCGCUACGUGGGUCCCAUUCAACAUUUGGUAGAGAAAUGGGUCGAGAAACUCGAUUUGUUUACCAUCACCUUGGAAGCGUGGCAGUAUUUGCAACAGCAAUGGCUGUAUCUCGAGGCGAUAUUCUCAGCACCGGACAUUCAACGUCAACUCCCUUUAGAGGCUAAGCUGUUCAUCGAGGUCGACAAGUUUUGGAAGGAUCUUAUGAGACGAACACACAAGGCGCCUUUGGCCAUGCCUGCCUGCACUCAACCGGGCUUGCUGGAACUGCUCGAGGAGAACAACCGCCGACUGGACGAGGUGAUGAAGUGCUUGGAGGCUUACCUCGAGACGAAACGCGUGGCGUUCCCGCGAUUCUUCUUCUUGUCCAACGACGAGCUUCUGGAAAUCUUGGCCCAGACGAAAAAUCCGCACGCCGUGCAGAGGCACUUGCAGAAAUGCUUCGACGCGAUACACAGAUUGGAAUUCGCCACGAAGACGAGCGAAACCGGUAACGUAGAAGAAACGGUGUUGACCACCGACAUAGUGGCGAUGCUUUCACCAGAAGGCGAAAGAGUUCCUCUCGGGAAAGGCUUGAGAGCCAGAGGCAACGUCGAGGACUGGCUGGGCCGUGUCGAAGACGCCAUGUUCUCCACCCUGAGGAUGAGACUGAAACAGGGAAUCAAAGAUUUGGAAGCGAAAGGACGACAACAAUUUAUUUAUAUGCAUCCCUCUCAGAUAAUCCUCUGCGUGUUGCAAAUAUUUUGGACUCGGAAUAUCCACCUCAUCUUGGAAUCUGACGGCAACGUGCUAGAGUCGAUGAGAGCGUUCGAGAAGAAGUGUUUCGCAGACUUGACAGAGCUGGCGGGCAUGGUGAGAGGCGAAUUACCGGAACUGAUACGCGACGUGAUCAUCAAUUUGAUAACGAUAGACGUCCACGCGAGAGAUAUCGUUACAACUCUGGUCGAAAACGAGGUAACGACCAGCACGAGCUUCGAUUGGACGAAAGCGUUGCGCUAUUAUUGGGAUGACGAAAUCAAUAAUUGCGUGGCACGUAUGAGCAACGCCGAAUACCUUUACGGAUACGAAUACCUCGGUGCCCAGAAGAGACUCGUUAUAACGCCGCUUACUGAUAGAUGUUACUUGUGCCUUAUGGGGGCCCUUCAACUUGAUCUAGGCGGUGCCCCAGCGGGCCCAGCCGGAACCGGAAAAACGGAAACGACGAAGGAUCUGGCUAAAGCGGUUGCCGUUCAGUGCGUUGUAUUCAAUUGCUCCGAAGGACUCGAUUACAGAAUGAUGGGCAGAUUCUUCUCCGGCCUGGCGACUUCGGGAGCCUGGUGUUGCUUCGACGAAUUCAACAGGAUAGACAUCGAAGUGCUUUCCGUGAUAGCUCAACAAUUGAUCACGAUUAGAAACGCUAAGCUCGUCAGAGCUAGAGAGUUUCUGUUCGAAGGACGAAUAAUAAAACUCGUCAUGUCCUGCGCGACUUUCGUCACUAUGAAUCCCGGUUACGCAGGUCGCACCGAACUCCCUGACAAUUUGAAGGCAUUGUUCCGACCUUUCGCUAUGAUGGUUCCAGAUUACAAGCUCAUCGCCGAAGUCACCCUAUAUUCGGAAGGAUUCGAAUCGUCGAAGCCGUUAUCGCAGAAGAUGACUCUGAUGUAUACUCUCAGCAGCGAGCAGCUUUCUCAACAGGAUCAUUACGAUUUCGGAAUGAGGGCUGUGAAGAGCGUGCUGGUGAUGGCGGGGAGCCUGAAACGAAACAAUCCGGAUAAACCGGAGGACGUUGUCUUGAUCAGAGCUCUACGCGAGAGCAAUAUACCGAAGUUUUUGCGAGAGGACGCUGAACUGUUCGAGGGUAUCGUGGGAGAUCUUUUCCCAGGAAUCGUUAUCCCCGACGAAGACUACGGCGUUUUGGAGGAAACAGCUGUCGCGGUGCUGAAACAUGCAAACCUGCAACCAGAAUAUUGUACCUUGAAGAAAGCUAUCCAACUCCAUGAGUGUCUGCAGGUGAGACACGGAGUGAUGUUGGUUGGACCCACCGGCUCAGGAAAGACCACGGUACUUCGAACCCUUGCAAAUACGUAUAACAAGUUGCACGAAAUGGGUGUACCUGGACCAACCUAUAAGCCGGUUCACAUGUACGUCCUUAACCCCAAGGCCAUCACAAUGGGUGAGCUGUACGGACAAGUGGACAUGAUGACCAACGAGUGGCACGAUGGACUGAUCGGUUUCACCGUUCGUCACGCCUGCUCUUUUGUCACGGAAGAUCAUCAGUGGAUCGUUUGCGACGGGCCUGUGGACGCCAUAUGGAUCGAAAACAUGAACACCGUCUUAGACGAUAACAAAAUGUUGUGCUUGGCCAAUUCCGAGAGAAUCAAGUUCACCCCGUACAUGCGCAUGCUUUUCGAGGUCAUGGACCUUGCUCAAGCGUCACCCGCUACCGUUAGUCGCUGUGGAAUGGUAUACGUGGAUCCUGCGGAGCUGAAGUGGAUGCCGUACGUGAAGACGUGGGUAACGACGCUUCCCGAAACGACAGUCAAAGACGAACAUCGAGAGUUCAUUAUCAACCUGUUUCAAAAAUAUUUCGAGGAUGGGUUGAUAUUUUGCAACAGAAACUGCGACUUCCCGAUUUCUCAGGUCGACAUCAGCAAAGCAAACAUGACAUGUGCGAUACUAGAGAGUCUUUUAAAUGAGCCAGGAGCCAUCGAGAGGACUAUUGACAAAGCGCGAAUUAGGAUAUUUUUGACACAGUUGUUUGUUUUCGCUUAUCUUUGGGCAGUCGGUGGUAACGUUGUCGAUUCUUCUCGGAACGACUUCGAAGCUUUCGUGCGAAAGCAGUUCGACGACAACGAAGAAGCACUAUUGCCGUCGAUCGAUUUAUGGGAUAUAUACAUGAACGUCGAGAAUCACCGGUUGGACGUUUGGACAGACAUUAUGCCAGAGUUCGUGUACGACGCGGAGGUGCCGUUUUUCGAUAUUCUCGUGCCGACAGUCGACACUGUACGUUUCGGUUACAUAAUGAAGAAGCUGGUGGAGAUCGACAAGCCUGUACUUUUCACUGGCGACACUGGAGUUGGAAAGUCAGUAAUAACGAAGGUAGUGUUGAAGAGUUUGGAGGAUACACAGCUUUGGGUGCCAGUCACCCUCAUUUUCUCCGCUCAAACGAGCAGCGGCCGAACUCAAGAGAUCCUGGAACUGAAACUAGAAAGAAGGAAAAGAGCCGUUUUGGGUGCUCCCAUAGGAAAACGCGUAUGCGUGUUUGUCGACGACGUCAACAUGCCCAAAUUGGAUACAUACGGAUCACAACCACCCAUUGAACUCUUACGACAGCUGAUAGACUUUCAUGGGAUGUACGACCGAGAGAAAUUAUUCUGGAACGCCGUGGAAGACGUUGUGUUCGCCGCGGCCUGUGCACCCCCUGGAGGCGGUAGAAACCCACUGACGCCCAGAUUCGUCAGACACUUCGCGAUGCUGCUUAUUCCAGCGCCCACUGAAUCGUCUCUCAAAGGAAUCUUCAAGGCGAUUAUGACCGGUUUCUUGGAGGAUUUCGUGCAAUCCGUGAGGCAAGUAGGGGACAAGAUAGUGAACGCGACGGUCGACGUCUACCGAAGAAUCGCGGAAGACCUUCUGCCCACUCCGGAAAAGAGUCAUUACAUUUUCAAUUUGCGCGAUUUGUCCAAAUGCAUACAGGGAAUCAUGCAAGUGGACGCCUCUGUCGUUAGGGAGCCUCUAGAGAUGUACAGACUUUUCUAUCACGAAUGCCUUCGUGUCUUCCACGAUCGACUGAUAAACGUAGAAGACAAGAGUUACUUCUUCAAACUUCUGAAUAACAUUUGCGGCAUCACAUUUGGUACGGAGGUGGUGCGGCUGCCAGACGAAAAAAUCAUCGAGAAACCACCCGUACUGCUGUUCGGCGAUUUCAUGGCCUUCGGAGCGGCAAGGGAACAACGAAUUUACGAGGAACUUACAGAUCUGACAAAAGUUAAGAGGACUUUGGAGGAUUAUUUGGAAGAUUACAAAUUCUCCGUUGGCAAAGAAAUGGGUAUUAUAUUCUUCAUGGACGCCAUAGAGCAUGUUUGCAGACUGGCGAGAAUUCUUCGUUCCGAGAGAGGCAACGGUCUUCUGGUUGGCGUCGGGGGAAUGGGAAAGCAAAGUUUGACGAAACUGGCGUCUCACCUGAACAGUUACAAGUGUUAUCAGAUAGAGGUCACGCGCACGUACGAUAGGAACUCCUGGCACGAAGAUCUCCGACGUUUUUACUUCGAGCCGGGCGCUAACGCUCAGCACACAACCUUUUUAUUUACAGACACUCAAAUCGUGCUCGAGGAGUUUCUGGAAGAUAUCAACAAUACCCUUAACACAGGCGAGGUGCCGAAUUUGUACGAAGCUGACGAGCUCGAAAAGGUUAUCAUAGCCACCAGACCCGCGGCGAAAACAGCGGGAAUCGGCGAAGGAAACAGAGAUGCAAUUUAUCAGUUCUUCAUCGGAAGGGUCCGGAACCAGCUUCAUCUGAUGAUCUGUAUGAGCCCUAUAGGCGACGCCUUCAGGCAUCGCUGUCGCAUGUUUCCGUCGCUGGUAAAUUGCUGCACGAUCGACUGGUUUACGAAAUGGCCGAACGAAGCCCUCCUUUCGGUAGCGGAAAACACAUUGACCGCUAUCGUACCGAAAGAUUCGGAGAUGCUCGCUGGUCUCAGUUCCGUUUGCGUCCUGAUCCACGAGACCGUGGAAGAGAUAACGGCACGAUUCUUCGUUGAAAUGCGACGCAGGUACUACACCACGCCGAGCAGUUACUUGGAGCUGUUGAAGCUCUUUCGAACCACUUUAGAGAAGAAAAAGAAGGAAAUACUAUCGCUGAAGAGUAAAAUUGCGAAUGGCCUCAACAAACUUCUCGAGACCAACGAGAUGGUCGCCAUAAUGAAAGAACACCUAGUCGUUCUUGCGCCGAAGCUGAAAGCAAGCACGGAUGAGGUAUCGAAACUGGUGAAAAUGCUCGCGAAGCAACAAUUCGAAUGCGACAAAGCGAAACACCUGGUGACCGCUGAAGAAGCAACGGCGAAGCUAAAAGCUGACGAGACGGCAGUGUUAGAAGCCGAUGCCAGGCAAGAUUUGGAAGCUGCGAUACCAGCUCUGCUGGAAGCUCAGAAGGCGUUGGAGGCCUUGAAUAAAAACGACAUAAACGAGAUCCGCGUCUUCAACCAGCCACCUCACUUGGUGCGCUUCGUCAUGGAGGCGGUGAACCUGCUACUGGGUGAAAAAACGGAUUGGCCAACCGCCAAGCUGGUACUCGGCGACAUGCAUUUCCUCGACCGUUUGAUCACUUACCCUAAGGACGAUAUAAGCGACAAUCUGUUGAAGAAGCUGCAGGAAUACGUCAACCACCCCGAGUUCCGUCCAGAUCUGGUGGCCAGACAGAGCAAAGCGUGCAGAUCGAUGUGCAUCUGGGUGAGAGCGAUGGACGGUUACGCCAAGAUUUACAGGGUCGUCGAACCGAAACGUCAGAGAUUGAAACAAGCAGAGGCAGAGUUGCGAGCGAUCGAAGAAGUGCUUUUCCUCAAGCAACAAGAGCUGGCCGAAUUAGAGAAUAAGAUCAAAGAGCUGCAGGAGCACUACGACGCGGCAGUGGAAAAUUUGAACAAGUUAGAAUCCGAAAUGGAGGUGGUAGAAGCGAGGUUGAACAGGUCGGGACGACUAACGUCCGCUUUGGUGGACGAACGGAUUCGUUGGGAGGAGAUGACACACGGUUUCGACAAGCAAAUGAUCAAUCUAACCGGCGACACGUUGGUCGCCGCUGGCGCGCUUGCCUAUAUGGGUGCAUUUACGAACGAAUACAGGGAAGAACUGCUACAACUUUGGCUGUCGAGUUGCAACGAUUAUAAUAUAAAGACUACGGAAAAUUAUAGCCUCAUCACGAUAUUAGCCGAUCCUUACGAAAUUCGGCUUUGGAACACCCACGGUUUACCGAGAGACAAAGUCAGCACGGAGAAUGCUAUCUUGGUGACGCAAACUAGUCGUUGGCCGUUGAUGAUCGAUCCUCAAGAACAGGCGAACAGGUGGAUACGAAACAUGGAACAAAACAACAAUCUAAAGAUAUGCAAGCUAACGGACGCGAAUUUUAUGAGAAUAUUGGAGGCGUCUAUAAGACUCGGGACGCCUCUGUUGCUUCAAGAGGUGGGAGAAGUACUGGAUCCAAGUUUGGAACCUAUCUUACUUAAACAAAUUUUCGUUCUGGGCGGUAGAACGUUGAUACGAUUCGGCGAUACGGACGUAGACUACGACGACAAUUUUAAACUCUACAUCACGACGAAAAUUGCAAACCCUCACUACCUACCAGAAGUUUGUAUCAAAGUGACGAUAGUGAAUUUCACUGUAACCAUGGGAGGUCUCGAGGACCAGUUGCUGGCGGACGUCGUACGCCUCGAAAGGCCAGAUCUCGAGACGAUGAGGAACGAUUUGAUAACGAAGAUCAACGCUGACAGGGGCCAGUUGCAGAGUAUCGAAGACAGAAUAUUGACGUUGUUGUAUAGUUCCGGUGGCGAUAUUCUGGAUAACGAGGAUCUCAUAGAAACCUUGAACGAUAGCAAGGAAACGUCCGCGAUCAUCGCAACGAGAUUGAUAGAGAGCGAAGCUACCGAAGAGAAGAUAUCGGAGGCGCGCGAGAAGUAUCGAUCGGUUGCGAAUCGUGGAUCCGUUCUCUAUUUCGUCGUCGCUGAUCUUGCUAAUAUAGAUCCCAUGUAUCAGUUUUCAUUGAAGUAUUUCAAUCAGGUAUUUAAUACGGUCAUCGAAACUACCGAGAAAGAUGACGAUCUACGGCAACGUUUGAAAACGUUACUCGGCGAAAUAACGUUAGCCAUCUACACGAACGUAUCGCGAGGACUGUUCGAGAAACACAAAUUGGUAUUCAGUUUUAUGUUGAGCAUUACUAUACACAUGAACGACGGAACCAUCACUCAGGCGCAAUGGAAUUUUAUGCUACGAGGUGCUACGAGCAUCGACGUGGGAGACAAGCCGGACUAUUCAACCUUAACGACUCAAGCGUGGAUUUCGAUCAACUAUUUAGCUCGCACGUUCAAGAAUUUCGAGAAUCUUUUGAAGGACGCAUUGAAGAGAAUCAAAAUAACUCUCGGAUAUUUCCAAGAUGCUAUCAAUAUAAUUCCCGCGAACACGAGCAACGCGACGAUGGAUUGGGACACAUCUUUAACCGAUAUAGAAAAAUUAAUGUUAAUGAAAGCUCUGAAGGAAGAUCAAUUGAUUUUUGCAAUCACAGCCUACGUAUCGAAAAAUCUUGGACAGAAAUUCGUGGAGUCGCCUAUGGCGGCGUUGCACUUAUUAUUCGCGGACACGUCGAACAAAAUACCGCUAGUGUUCAUACUUACAACUGGUUCCGAUCCGUUCAGCGGUUUUCAAAGGUUCGCCAACGAAAUGGGUUUCGCCGAAAGGUACGAUUCCAUCUCUUUGGGGCAAGGUCAAGGCCCUGUUGCCGAAGGACACAUACGGACAGGGACCAUGGAGGGGAGAUGGGUGUUUUUGCAAAAUUGCCACCUGGCCACCUCCUGGAUGAUAAGGAUGGAACAGAUCGUGCUGGAAAUCAGCGAAGAAUCGGAAGGGUUGAUACACGCCGAUUUUCGGCUGUUUCUGAGUUCGAUGCCAAGCGUCGCCUUUCCCGUUUCUGUUCUUCAGAAUUCGGUGAAAGUUACCAACGAGCCGCCGAAAGGUCUGAAAGCCAACAUUACGAGAGCGUUGUACGAUUUGGCUGACGACUACUUCGAAGAUCAUUUUUUGGGAGAAAGCUGGCGCAGAAUUAUAUUCGGCGUUUGCUUCUUUCACGCGAUCAUCCAGGAACGAAAGAAAUUUGGGCCUCUGGGCUGGAAUAUACUAUACGAGUUCAACGACAGCGAUCGAGAGUGUUGUUUGUUGAAUCUGAAAUUGUUCUGCGUUCACGAGCGCAUACCAUGGAACGCCUUGAUAUACACCACAGGCGAGAUCACUUAUGGAGGCAGAGUGACGGACAGCUGGGACUUGAGGUGCAUGAAAACCAUCCUAGAUAUAUUCUUCUCCCCUAAAACUUUGGACAGAGAAUACGUUUACUCGCCGUCCGGGAAAUAUUACUGCCCCGUUUUCCAAACUUUGCAAGAAUACAAAGAUUUCGUAGAAACGUUCCCGCUUAUCGACGACCCGGAAGUCUUUGGGAUGCACGAAAACGCGAAUAUCGUUUAUCAAUUGAAAGAGGCGCAAUUCGUCAUGAACACUAUUUUGGAAGUGCAACCGAAAGAGUCCGCAGCCGAGGAGGGUAAAUCUAGUUCGGACAUAGCGUACGAAAUUGCAGAUACCGUCGUGGCUAGAAUUCAGUUAAAAAUAGAUCCCACGAAAUGUAAUCCGGAUCACUUGAUCAGGGACUCGAUGGGAAGACUUCCAUCUCUGACUACUGUCCUCGUUCACGAAGUUGAAAGGUACAACAUAUUGCUGAAGAAAAUACACUCCUCGAUAGAAAACUUACAACGAGCCAUUAAAGGUUUCGUUGUUAUGUCGGAGGAAUUAGAAAAUGUUUUUACAGCACUCGUCAAUAAUCAGGUGCCGCAAAUGUGGCAUAACGUGAACGUCUAUCCAUCGCUGAAAACUUUGGCAAGCUGGCUAAGAAAUCUAGAGCUCAGAAUCGAUUUUAUUCAAAUUUGGUUUACCGAUGUGAAACCCACUUCUUUCUGGAUCUCUGGUUUGUCGUUUCCGCAAGGAUUUCUAACUGGUAUGUUGCAAACAUGUGCGAGGAAAUAUAAUACUCCUAUCGAUCACUUGAAGUUGGACUUUAUUGCCACGAAAGUGGUGCUCGAUCAAGAGGAAAUCGAAGAAGAACAUAAGAAAUUUGAAAAAGAGGUACCGGAAGUUUAUAAAGAUUUACAAGUUCCUGAAGACGGAGUGUUAAUACACGGGCUACAUAUCGAUGCUGGUAGAUGGGAUUAUACAUCCAUGAUUUUAGCAGAUGCGAAUAUAGGUGAAAUGCAUCCACCUCUUCCAGUUUUCCACAUAAAUCCAGUAUUAGAAUUACCAAAAAACGAUCCAAGAUACGUUUGCCCUCUGUAUAAAACAGCUGUACGAGCAGGCGUAUUGUCCACAACCGGGCAUAGUACGAAUUUUGUUGUCGCAACUUUGCUUCCAUCCACAAAAGAACAAUCAUACUGGAUUUUGAAAGGAACGGCCCUCCUUAUUGAAAUUAUGAAUUAGGUUCUUC